GAACAUCUUGUCCGUCAAGACCUAUAAUCUAUAAUGUAGCAUCAUACACCAAAGUGCCUUUAGAUCAAACACCAAUACCAUGGGUAGAAGAAACAAAUGUAAGCCUCGUAUGAUACCCCAACAGGACAAGAAGAUCUGUGGCUGUAUAUGCUUCUGCCAGCUCCUCGUGGUGUUCAGUUGUGUGUCCUUGAUUUACCUAACUGUAGCAGUCUACAUACCAUCCUACAGAACUUUUCAUAGUGGAUAUGAAGAACGCCCUGUUAUGUGCCAGACGAUAAAUACUAGCACGGAGAACAACUGCAGUUGGGCGUCUUGCGGCGAAUGGUGUUUGACGAAGACAUCUGGAUUCUGUCCACAGAUACAUUCUUUGACUAGGCAGAAUGGCACUAAGGUGCAAUUCCUCAAUUGCACCAACUUCCAGACGUCUUUCUGCCCUCCAGUUAGUGUAAGUGAGCUCAAAAGACACAAUUGCAAUAAUGGAACUGAAUGCGCCUCGCUUAAAGGCUUGUUCAACUGCUCACUUGGACAUUGCACAAAUAUGUCCAAGAUAUACCAGUGUCAUUAUAAAGCAGAUGGGUUCACUGUGGAUAGUGAUCGAGACAACGUAAAGCUCAAUGGAUUUUUUGAAUGCAGAGGUGCAAAGUGCACCAAGAUCAAGAAGGCAUUUAGAUGUGAUAGGAUAUGUAAAGAAAACAUCACUACAACGUCGAAGAAUGUGUAUAUUUCUAUAGGGAAUAAAGUUCAUACAGCUACAUGUAAUUCAGCUGAAGCUUCUAACAGGGCGAAUGGUAAUCAGGAAGGUAUUGAUAUAGAACCGGUGCAGUUCUGGACCAAACUGCCUGAUGAAGUGCUUAUGGUGUCCUGUCAUACGUUUAGCUUCAAUGAAGCAAAUCAAACUAUCAGUGCAACCGACUGUAUCAACGGGACCAUUUUCGACUCAAACAUCAUACCAAGACCAUACUCUACCUUUAGGCAAUUUUGGAAUUUGACUGGGAAGUACAGGAAUAUGGUAGAUCCAACUAAUCAAUAUGUACCAAUCCAGUCAUCUCUAACGAUUUACAAUGCGUCAAGGCUCUACAUAAACCUUGAAGGGUGUGUGAAUACCCUUAAGGGCGAAUGUUUGGAGUUCCUUCACUCUCAUGGUAGAGAUGGUAGGAAUCAGACUGCGUCGUCUAGGUAUCCCUGCUUUUAUAACAAGGUAAUCGAUCAAGUUUAUAAAUUCAAAAUACAUCUAAAUGGCUAGAAGACGCCAGGAAUAUUCGGUAUUGG